AUGGAAGAAAGUCCUAGAGGAAAGGGACUUUAUUGCGAUAGCCUGCGGGAACAAUUGAGAAGUUAUAGUUAUAUUUUAAAAAGAAUAUUACCGUCGACACAUCAGCAUGAUGAGCAAUUUAUGGAUAAUAUUUUGCAAGCCGGGUGCUGUAUAUCGGACAUUCCUGAGGGGAAACUCGACCAGCCACGGCGCUGCGAUCUUCUAUAUUACUUAGCAGGAGCCAUAAUAUAUGAAAAAAUCCAAGACAAUGCUGAAUUGGGGCGCAUUAUGAGUGCAUUACCCGGAGCAUUACAAGAGUACUGCAGUAACCUAGAAUGUAAAAUAGAACAGGAAAAUGGUGGAAUAAAGUUAUUCGCUAAAAUGUACGACCUAGGAAUGGAUCCAUUGCAGCCUGAAGAAAUAACGGAAGAUGCCGAGGAUGACGACGAAGAAGACGAGGAGGAAGUGGACGAAGAUUCAACUAACGUUAGCUGUGAAAGAUAUAAGGAAUAUUUGAAAAAAAUUGCCGAUAAAUAUGAAACUGUAAAAAUGUCAUGCAGCGGGGCAAACCUUGCGAACUGUUUAGGGGUGGAAAAAGGGUAUAGGGAUAAAAGUCCACAGGAACUUUACGAGGCAAUGUAUGGAAUAGUGGAUCCACAGAAACCAGUAUUAAUAAUAAAGAGAAACACACUAGAGGAGAACUGCCAAGAUAAACGUCUACCCUCACAGAAAAUAUAUUGUGAACUCGGAAGUACCGAGCAACUGUGUAAUGGUGAAGGUAGGAGCACGUCGGAAGAAAUAGCGUGUACGCUGAAGGGUAUAGUGAAUGACUACGCGAAGUCCAUGGAAUAUGAGGAUCAAGUUGUAAAAGCCUGGUGCCACGUGCCCAACAUGAAAGAGAGCGUUGCCCCUAAGAGUGAACAUUGUAAAUAUUUAUAUUAUUCGAUAGGGGAUACACUAUUCAAGACAUCGAACAAAGGUCAAGAGUUCUCUGAAGCUAUGCAUAAAGUCUACGAAGAAUUAAAAAAACUGAAUGGACUAAGCACUAGUAAUAACCAGUGCGAAGUUAUAUACGGUGGCAUUAGCUUGGACACUUUUAACCAUAUGAAACCAAUGUUCGAUUAUGAUCAUGAUUAUACCACUAUAAGGGCAUGCACAGAUGAUCCCAAAACUACGGGGCCUCAGUGA